UGAGUACGAACUCAGCAUUUUCUUUUUCAGUUUCUGUUUCAGCGUUCUCAAAAGAAGAAAGAAAGAAAAAAAGAAAAAAAGAAAAAAAACUCAAACGCAACACAUUCAUGGACGAGGCUGCCAAGGAUCAGAUUCCUGCGCCUGAUAAUGAGGGAGAACUCCAUCUAAUUGUUGGUGUUUUUCAGUAUGAUACCUUCUGAACUGCAAAACACGAGAUUUUAAUCUUAUUCAACUGCUUAUGUGAUUCCAAUGUCAUUGGUUGAAGAAAUAGUUGAUUUCUGGUGUAUCAAAACAAUUAGUUUAAGAGCUGUUAGCAGUUAGCAGCAUAAUUCCAAUUGACCCAUGCAAGUGCGGUUUUCUUUUUUGUUCUACACUAAGGGGGAGACCAGCAUCGAAUGUGAGUAAGAGUGUCAGUGUGCUUGAGCUCUCUGGCAAAGAGAAAUCAGCUAAGCCACCUCGAAGGUUCUCUAUUCCUGCCAAGUCAACAACAACCAAUCCCUCCCCAAAAUUGGCCUCGAAUAUAACUCCAAUAUCUGAGUCUAGACCUAAGAGGCCUGUCAAUCUUAAAGGCAAAAGUGGAACACCAAUUCCGGAUGCUGCUUCCAGAUCAGCUAGUGUAAGGAAGUUCAGUGACCUGUCAAAAGCCUCAUACUGGUUAUCUCAGAUUAAGCUCGCCGAGUUGGCUUCUAAGCAUUCAAUUUCACUUGCAUUUUUCAAACUGGCUCUAGAAGCUGGAUGUGAGCCCCUACAGAAAAUGCGGGAUGAGCUUAGAUCAUAUGCACGCCGUCAUGAUCUUGGUGAACUUGGGGAUGUUGUGAAAGAACUAUUUGAAAAAUACAACAUUUCAGAAAAUUCAGAGCAGCGGCAGGUCUCUGAGACUUGUUCUCAAGUGCCUGAAGAGGGAGCACCGUCAUCUGAUGAGGAUGUUCAUAGCUCUUGCUCUACAGUUGAAGCAGGGCUGAAACCCAAGUCCUUGAACACAGACUCUCCUCCUGCUCAAGUCUCAUCAGCUACGGAACCAGUGAAGGAUACUGCUUCAAAGAGGAAUCCUGCGACCAGGACUAGGGCCUCCCUGAAUAAGAAUGCUGCAAAUUCAAGACCUGUUUCGGAUACUGGUGGUCGUAAAAUACAAAGGAAAGCCCAAAAUGUUUCAAAGCCAGAGCCUAAAAAGGAAAUGGAUAAGAUAAAGAAACAGGGAAAGAAAUCAACCACCGAAGAAGGGGCGGCCAAUCCUUCACCUGCAACAGCUGAAACGGUUGAAGGGAACAAGGAAAAUGUGGACGCUCCCUGAAUGGAAGAAAUCAGUGUUGCUGAAUCUACAAGGGCAUUGUUCUGCGUAGCAAUCCGCCGAACAUUGUCGGUUCACCCACAUUCUAUAUUUUGGGGUUCUCUGUGUUUAUUCUGAUGUUUGGUUUUUAGUUUGUAUAGGAGGGUUAAGUGAAGGUGUUCCAAUCUGGUGUGAAGUUUUGGCCUGUUUUUUUAUUUGGUUGUUGAUCAGUUGAAUCUGGAACUCUGGAUGUUUAGUAUUAUUAUACAGUUAACUAGAGAUACAAAUUGUAUUGAAUCAUUAAGCCUAUUUUUCAUUUGUUAAUGUCAUUUAAUCUUUUAAAUACAUGCCACUCGAUUUU